UGCGCGGUGGGUCUGCGGCUGUGCGGGGCGGAGGAGCGCGGGCGAGUGCGCUAUGUGUGCCCUGUAGCGAGCGGCGGGGUGCGGGGUCGUGCCGCCAUGAACCUGCGGGGCUUGUUCCAGGAUUUCAAUCCCAGCAAAUUCCUUAUCUAUGCCUGUCUGCUGCUAUUCUCAGUUUUGCUUUCACUCCGUUUGGAUGACAAAAUACAAUGGAGUUACUGGGCUGUCUUUGCUCCGAUAUGGCUAUGGAAGCUAAUGGUUAUAGUUGGUGCCUCAGUAGGAACUGGGGUAUGGGCACGAAAUCCGCAGUAUCGAGCAGAAGGAGAAACGUGUGUGGAGUUCAAAGCUAUGUUAAUUGCAGUAGGCAUCCACCUGCUGCUGCUGAUGUUUGAAGUUCUGGUAUGUGACAGGAUCGAGAGAGGAACUCAUUUCUGGCUUCUGGUCUUCAUGCCAUUAUUCUUUGUAUCUCCAGUGUCAGUUGCAGCGUGUGUCUGGGGCUUCCGACAUGACAGAUCUCUCGAGCUGGAAAUUUUGUGUUCUGUCAAUAUUCUCCAAUUCAUAUUUAUUGCACUCAGGCUAGAUGAGAUCAUCAGAUGGCCAUGGCUUGUUGUCUGCGUUCCUCUGUGGAUCUUGAUGUCGUUUCUGUGUCUGGUCGUGCUCUAUUACAUUGUUUGGUCUGUCCUGUUCUUGCGGUCAAUGGAUGUGAUUGCCGAGCAAAGGCGGACGCACAUAACGAUGGCGAUCAGUUGGAUGACAAUCGUUGUUCCGUUACUCACGUUUGAAAUUUUACUUGUGCACAGACUGGAUGGACAUAAUGCAUUUUCAUUUAUACCCAUAUUUGUCCCACUUUGGCUGUCUUUGAUAACAUUAAUGGCAACAACCUUUGGACAGAAAGGAGGAAAUCACUGGUGGUUUGGAAUUCGCAAAGACUUCUGUCAAUUCCUGCUUGAAAUUUUCCCAUUCUUAAGAGAGUAUGGAAAUAUUUCUUACGAUCUGCAUCAUGAAGAUAAUGAGGAAGCAGAAGAAACACCUGUUCCAGAGCCUCCAAAAAUUGCACCAGUGUUUCGGAAAAAGACUGGAGUGGUCAUCACCCAGAGUCCUGGGAAAUAUGUUAUUCCACCUCCCAAGAUAAACAUUGACAUGCCAGAUUAAGGUCAUUUCAAAGGUGAAUUGAUACCACCCCCAUGAAACUGGAACUGGGAAUCAGCAGCCAAACGUAUUUCAUCUCAUGCCUUGUUUGAAUUUCUUUUAAGGAUAGAUAUUUGUGGAUUAGUAGCUUGUGCUAAAGGAAUUGAAGAUUUUUUUUUAAUAUUGUUUUGAAACCUUUUCAUGUUUGCUCAAAAUCUCAUGGAAGUUAAUCAAAGUGGGAACAGUAAUUGCAGUAAGGUUAACAGAAGGAAACAAUCUUUGUCUAAAAAUGCACCUAUGAAGUCAUGACUGAAGAUACAACCCCCAAUUCAGAAAUGGGGAAAGCAAAUGUAGCAAGAUGGGCAUUGAAAACUUGUAAUUCCGUGGUCUGACCUCUCAUGAGUGACAUUCAGACUUUCCUACCCUCAUUUAAGGCUUCUAAACAUUGGGUUCCCAGUGUUAUGGUGGGUUUUGAAUGUGUUUGUUGUUCUGGUUUUUUUUUUAAUCCAUGAAGAUAGGUGAUUGUCUAAAUUGUGAACCUUUUUAUUGGAUUGGUUACAAACCUGCCUGUAUAGUAUUUAUAUAAACACUUUAGCUUUGUAAUAUAUUUGGUUCAAAGUCUAGUUCUGUACAGUAUAAAUAUUAUGUAAAAAUAUUUUUUUAAAAAGCCUGUAUGAACUGCAUAUGCUAAUACAGAAGAUUGUCUUUCAAGUCUUAAAUGUACACUUGGCUUCAUUUCUGUUGAAGUACGAUAGGCAUGUAGUAGAACAUUAUUAGCAUGUCUUUACCUUUCAUUACAUAUUCAGACAAGAUCACUAUCUAACACCACAGGCACAGGAGUGUGGCACUUCUUACACGAGACUUGAAGGCUUUUGUUUUAUAUAGAAAUGUAUAACAGCUUAUGUUAUUUUGAGUUAGUAAUGUAAAUUAUUAUGUAAAUAACCAGAACUUUUGCACUGGCUUGGGGGUAAAUGUUAACAUUGUGUUGCUUUUCUAGUUCUGUAUUCAAAUUUUACUGUUAAGCAGCACAUUUUUCCUUCAUUCUCCCCUUCAGCUGUUCAAUAAAAUAUUUUCUUCUGCA